GGCCCGGCCCGGUCCCUGCACCUGCCGGAGGCCGCCCGCCGCCAUCGCCCGCGCAGUCGCCCGGCCGUGCUGACCGGGAAGCAGUUCUCGGCGGGCCGCGCGGUGACUCAUCGGCCCGGCCGCGUCCCCCGCGCGGGCCAUCUUGGUCGCGGCCGGCGGCGGACGGAGCCGCGGAGGAACCGCGAGACCCCAGGGCCGUCCGGCUCCCUCGCCCGCGAGGCCCGCGUCCAGGAGCCGCGUGGGGCCGGGGCCGAGGUGCCCAGGGCCUGCCCCCGCCGGGCACCGCGCGCCCCUCUCUCGGGCCCUCGGUUUGCGCGUGGGGAGCUCACAGCCCACCUCCCGUCGUGCGCCCCACGCUGCCGCCGUUUCCACGGGGACCCACCCGCGGGCCUCACCCGGGGCCGACCUCCGGCCGGCAUGGUGCAGCCGCAGACAUCCAAGGCUGAAAGCCCGGCGUCGGCGGCGCCCCCGAGCCCCCCGAUGGAUGACGUCAUCGACACCCUGACCUCCCUGCGCCUCACCAACUCGGCGCUGCGGCGGGAGGCCUCCACCCUGCGGGCGGAGAAGGCCAGCCUCACCAGCAUGCUGGAGAGCGUCAUGGCGGAGCUGACCUUGCUGCGCACCAGGGCGCGGAUCCCGGGGGCGCUGCAGAUCACCCCGCCCAUUUCUGCCAUUACUUCCAGCGGGACCCGACCCAUGACCACACCUCCGACCUCUCUGCCCGAGCCGUUUUCCGGGGACCCAGGCCAGCUGGCGGGGUUCCUGAUGCAGAUGGACAGAUUCAUGAUCUUCCAGGCCUCCCGCUUCCCCGGCGAGGCCGAGCGCGUGGCCUUCCUGGUGUCUCGACUGACUGGGGAGGCGGAGAAGUGGGCCAUCCCCCACAUGCAGCCCGACAGCCCCUUGCGCAACAACUACCAGGGCUUCCUGGCGGAGCUCCGGAGAACGUACAAGUCUCCGCUGCGGCACGCGCGGCGCGCCCAGAUCAGGAAGGCUUCGGCGUCCAACAGGGCGGUGCGAGAGAGGCAGGUGCUCUGCCGCCAGCUGGCCGCCGCGGGCACGGGGCCUUGCCCGGUGCAUCCCGCUUCCAACGGGACUAGUCCAGCGCCAGCCCUGCCCGCCCGGGCGCGGAAUCUUUAAGAAUCCCGCCACCCCUUGGCAGCGUCUGCAGCCGCCCGGGUAGUGCGCGCUCUUUGCCGCGCGACAGCAUCGCUCCUGUGUGAAGACCUCCCUUCCCGCCUCCCCAGACCCGCUCCCCGAGGAGACCUUCCUUCCAUCCCUCCGGCGCCCGGCGGCCCACUCCACGUGCUGGCUCUGUUGCUAACGCGCACUGCAUGCUCCCCUUUGCUGGCAUCCCGGGCUGUUUCAGUGACUGCCGCUCUGCUGCUGGGACGCAGGGACUGGGCUGCACACUGACGGACCACGCGGGCUGACGCCUCCCAGCCCGACUUGGUUCAUGGAGGCUCCUGCUCUGCCCUCUGUAAGCCCCCUUGGCGGCUCCGCACCUGGUUGCCUGGUUCCCUUUGACGACCUCCGGACAGAAAGGAGCCAGUGUGGCCAGGCUGGUGGCUCGAUGGGUGUGUCCGGAGAGGCGGUCUGGCCAGGGUAGUGGCUCGAUGGGUGUGUCCGGAGAGGGGGUCUGGCCAGGCUGGUGGCCCGAUGGGUGUGCCUGGAGAGGGGGUCUGGCGUCCUGCCCAAGAUGCCCACUGGCCCUGCUAGGGCCCAGUGCAGCGGACAGGGCCUCAUCCGCGCUAUCAGUGCAGGAGUGGUCACUGCUGGGGGUGUGGUUCCAGCACUUCCGGGGGCCGGGUUCUGCUCUGCACGUGAAUGUUCAGUCUAGGAGGCCCCUUUGCUCUCACUGGGGAGGAACAGUGUUGCAGCUGAAGGUGAAUCCCUCAGAAGAUGCGGCUCCAGUAAUGCUUGACUUCAGCCGCUCGCUCGUGUUCUGAUCAGGCUGGGGAUUUGGGGAAUCUGGAACUUGUCUGCUAAAUAAGGUCCUGGUGGACGUUUCAGCCACUGGGGAAGUCCUUCAGGCUGCGGGUUCCUGCACACCCAUGCCUGAGGGCCAUAGCAGGCUGAGGGUGGAUACCAGUGACUCCUUUUGCCACCCAGGAUCUCCAUGGGCAGUGCCACAGCUGCUGAUGCUCAUUCAGUCACUCCUGCCCCUGCCCCAUGUCACUGAUAGUGAGCCUGGCCCAGCUUGAGGCCUCUUCCCAUCUCCAUUCAGGUGCCAGGUAAGCCGUCACUGCAGCCCCUGCGGCCCCUCACACUCCAUCUGUGGGUUUCCAGGGGCACCCCCUGUAGCAUGUCCGCCCCAUGCCUGGGCAAUCGGCUGUCUUGGUUUUGCCCGAGAGAAAACACAUUCCCUUGGGAACCAUUUGUAAGCACUUGAGGCCGGGGCUGUGUGCCUCUGGCAACCCAGCCAGGGUCUUGGUGGCAUUGGUAAAAGCAAAGAGCUGUGAACUGCAGUGGCCCUGGGUGGUGGCAGUGCCGCACUGGCAUGUCCUGCUUCUGAGGGACCCCAUGCCUCCGCACAGGGAGAGGCCCAAGAAACCCUUUUCUGACUGAGUUUGGCCAUGCCCUUUGGACUCUGCCGCUCCGCCAUAUUUCAGUGCCAAAUGAACCACGGUGACGUGACCUCCUGGACCGCAGGGUUCCUACCUGGCUUCAUCUGCCCCUGUCUGAAGGGUUCUGGCUUGGUUGCAGAAGGGCAAACUCCGUACCCACCCA